UUUUUUUUUUUUUUUUGAGCGCUGAGUUGCGCAAAUUGCGCGCACAGGAAAGAAAAAGACUAAAAGAAUCGAGGCGACAUUUCAGCGUUGUGGACUGCAUUUGCAAAACACGAUGGUUCUGGACAAGGAGGAGAGUGUGUCUGUAGUGUCCCUCCAGUCCAGAGAAAAGCCGAGGAGCUGCGCCGGUUGCAACGGGAAGAUCCGGGACCGUUUUAUGCUGCAGGCGUUGGACAGGUACUGGCACGAGGACUGUCUGAAGUGUUCGUGCUGUGACUGCCGCCUGGGCCGAGUGGGUUCCACUCUCUAUACACGGGCCAACCUCAUCCUCUGCCGCAGGGACUACUUGAGGCUCUUUGGGGUGACUGGUAACUGUGCGGCCUGCAGUAAACUGAUCCCUGCUUUUGAGAUGGUGAUGAGAGCCAGAGACAACGUCUACCAUUUAGACUGCUUCGCCUGCCAGCUCUGCCGCCAGAGAUUUUGUGUGGGAGACACGUUUUUCCUGAAGAACAACAUGAUCUUGUGCCAGUUGGACUACGAAGGAAGCCAUCUGAAUGGGACCUCUGAGAGGGAGCCUCAGUGAGAGAUCAGCAUGAGUCUAUUUCAGCUGGACGAAGGACUUUGUGUUGCUUCCGGCAGCAUGAUUCUUGUUGAAUGGGACACGUUUCCUGCUCCUGUUUGAACUCUUAAAAGUAGAACUGCUUGGUUAUGAUCCUACAAACUGUCAUUUGUAGUCAAAAGGACUACAAAACAACCAAGUACUGAAACCGGAAUAUUGAAAUGAUAACUGAGGACUAACGUCGAUGGUUCUACACAACUAAAGGUUGUUUCAGCCAAAUGGGAUAGUAGAUGGAUGAGGUUUAGCUCUUCAGGCCACAAAUAACAAUGAGCAAGUCAUCCAUCACAGAGAAAAAUACUGAGUUCACUCUACAAGCUCUGCUGUGAUUUUCUGUAAUGAUCUGGCAGUCACGGUACGUCUCUUGUGGUGAACCCUACCCAGCUGGCAUGUCGGAAAACACAUUUAAAAAAUACCUGCAAAUAGCAUUUGGCUCAGCUGAACAAUUUAGGAGGAUCUUCUGAUCCUCAUCCAUCUCUGUUUGUGGACUGUAGCCUUUUCAUGCUGCCCCUCAACAGUUAUUUUCUUGAAUGAAUAAACUAUUACAUUUGUUCA